ACACGCUGAGAGGUUCUGCAUGGAUAUUGACCGACUUUUGAAUGGAAGAAAAGACCUCUUUCCAACAUACGAAAAAUGCAAGGUUGAGAGAUUUGGUAACAACCCAGUAAAUAUUGAGAUCCUGCUGGAGUUUAUGGGCCAGUUAUCGAUACCAGAGAUGCAGCAGCUGGUUGCCACGGUGAUAUUUGAGGACACGCCCAGAUACCGCUACGAACAGGUCGUCGGUCACCUGAUAGGAGAUCUCCUCGUGUACUACGCAGACUUGCUGCUUUAUAACUAUAACGUGCCUUUCGAUGCAUGGCUGUACAAUAGCACCCAGAAGAUCUACGGCCUUACAUGGCGGGACGAAGACCGACUCUGGGACUCCGAGUCAGCCAAGUUUAAGGAGCUCGAAAAUACAUUCUGCUCUGAGAUUGACAAGAUAUUCCGAGAAGUCCCUAUCCAGGGCAAUGUGAACAAGGAGAGAUACUACCGUUGCUUCAUAGACAACUUCCAACGUCAGAACGAUCCAGACACGCAGGUCGGCUUCACAUAUUCUAUUGUAUUUAAUGGUACCGAACCGCUCAUCAAAAGUGAGAUAGACUCCAUGAUCGAGGCCAAGAGCUCCGUGUACCCGCUUGGGGACAAGAAGUGGGUUCAUCUUGCCGACCAAUGGCUCCUUAAUGAGUUACAGUGGGACGAGGUAAAAAUCAACAUCUCCGACUACCUCAUCAAUAUGAUCACCACGCCCCCACCUAGCCAGGUGAACACAAUUGUGAACAUGACAUUCCGGCUGUUGAACUUCUCGAUGACUCCCGGCUUGGCGGACACCAACUCGGCAGAGUUCCAGCUCCUUGCCUCACAGUUCUGCAAAUAUCUUGACGACAGUUAUCAAGCCAGAUUCUCUACAUAUGAAAAAUGUGAUGUGAAGAAGUUCUAUACGGACAUGUUUGAGGGCACACAGCACGUGAACUUCCACCUGUCAUUCCGCGGUGACCAGGUGCCGGAACUGCCGCAGCUUCUGAUUGCUAUUCUGGUGGAGAACGCCCACCGGGAGACAAUUAACAACCGUAUUGCUCUCGUGGUGGGGCCAUUAUUUGUGUUUGAGGACUCACUACAACAGGAUCCUACCAAUUCCAUAGUUGUGACAGGAGGAGGCACUACACUGUCCACACCCUCAGCGGACCCAUGUAUACCUGACAAAGACGACGUUAUACUGGCCGAUCCUACCGACAAAGCUGGUUACUACAUAUGCUACAAGGGAAGUGGCUACAACAUGAAAUGUGACCCACCAAAAGUGUUUAAUCCAAGCAGGAGUAUGUGUGUGAAUCCAUGAAUACAGUGACAAAGAAGACAUUUAUAGAAAAACAAUGUAUUAUUGAUAAAUGAUAACGCACAAAGAUAAACGUUAAUGGUGUUUCUAUUACUUAAUGAUGUAAUUUGUUUAACACUAUGGAAAAUGGUGUAGUUUUAUACCUGCAGUGACACAAACGCUUAUAACAAGUUCUAUUUAAAUUAAACUAUAUUCGUAAGAUAUAGAGUGUAUAACGUUUACGUAUGAGUAAAAAAGGCGUCUAGUCUACUAUUUAUUAAUUUUACUUUCAAUUUAUGUGAAUUAUUUCUAUUGAUAUCCUGAAUUGGCGAAUAUUAUUAAAUGCAAAAGAAUUUA